CAGGCUAUAAUCUGAAGUCAGAUGGGUACUGUGCAGAGUUUAGAGUGUUUGACCCACCCACCCUCUAGAAGUCUGGUUAGCAUUCAAAGUAGAAAAAUGGUUGGAAAUGAAACUGAAAACCAAGCAAAAGCAUCCAACCACAAAAACACUUUCCAAGUACAAAGUCCUGAGAGAGAGAGAGAGAGGGAAGGAAGUUCUUGUGCUUCAGGUUUUGACUUGGUCUUCCAUCAUUCAUUCACAAUUUCACUUGCUUGGAAGCACAACGUGAUCAUGACGAUCAAAGCAAAGAAACCAUAUGUCACCACCUUAUUAUAUUUAACAGCUCACAGCCGUCUGAUAAUGACCCACAACACACCUUGUCCUUGCUAUAUUCCAAACCAAACAUAAGAAAAAAAGCAACAACUUGUUUUUCCCUUCUGCUUUCAAAGCCAAGAAGAAGAAGAACUGGGGUGAUUUGAUCUCGUUUGGGAUUUGGGUAUCUGAAAAAUUUCAACUUUAAGCAAGUUUUUGAUUCUAAAGUCAACCAGUCAGCUUGUCUGUUGGAUUAUUCUCUUCUGUCUAUGUUAUUUGUAUGGUUUUCUUUGUUUAUGUAUUGAUAUUUUGUUAUGUUAGCUCUAUGCUCUACAUAUGUGUGUAAUUGAGGAUCUUCUGUAACCGGUGAGUGAUGACUGGUUUUUCUUUUGCUGCAUAAACUCAGUUUUCGCAUACAAGAUGGAAAUCGUGGAAAAGAGAAAAUUUUCUAUACUGUUGUCAGAGCUGAUAGUUUUGGCCGAUGAGGUUGCUUCUCUUGCUAAGAACUCUGAAAUUGAGGUACAUAUUUUUUCUGAGUUUGCCAUGUUGGUUGAGAAAUUCUCACCAAUCUUCAAUGACUUGAGAGACAAAAACACAGUUUUGGACAAGCCACCUAUAAGAAAAUCCUUGGAAUCUCUUGAGAAUGAGCUGAGGCGUGCCAAAGCUUUGACAAAAAGCUCGAAUUUGAGGCAACCCAUCAAGCAAAUUGAGGACAUAACACAUGACAUAGGUCGAUCCUUUGGCCUUCUGCUCGUAGCCAGCCUAGAAAUUUCCGUGGAUUUCAGAGAAAAGAUUGGUACAUUGCAAAGACAGUUGAUGAAUGUGAGAUUUGAUGGCAGUUUAAGUGUAGCUUCAAGUCCAAAAUCAGAGGUUUCCGGCAGUGAAGUGAAGCUGACUGCAGAAAUAGAAGAGGAGAUAGUUAAUGUUUCUAUUGCUGAUGUUGUUUUGCAACUUAAGAAUGGUAAUGAUGAAGAAUUUGCAGUUUCACUUUUGAGACUGAAGGAGUUCAUAGAUAGUGAAAGAUUUGAUGGUGGUUUGAUCAACGAGGAAGCAACUCUUUCCAUUCUUUUCAACCGUCUAGGCUCGUGUAAGGCAGACAACAGGUUGGCAAUCAUGCGGUUGCUAAGAAGUAUUGCUUCAGGAAAUGAUGAGAAAAAGGAGAAGAUGGUAGAUAUUGAUUUCUUAUCAGCAGUGGUGAAGUCACUCACAAGAGAUUCAGAGGAGAGGAAGGAAGCAGUAGGGCUGUUGCUAGAGCUCUCCGACAUUCAGGCCGUUCGCCGGCGAAUCGGAAGAAUUCAAGGCUGCAUUGUUAUGUUAGUUGCUAUCCUUAAUGGGGAUGACCCUGAUGCCUCAAAUGAUGCUGCAAAGUUAUUGGAUAUAUUGUCUAGUAAUUCUCAAAAUGCACUUCAUAUGGCCGAGGCUGGCUACUUUAGGCCACUAGUGCAGUAUUUGAAAGAAGGAUCUGACAUGAACAAGAUUCUAAUGGCGACAGCACUUUCAAGGUUGGAACUCCCUGAUCACAGUAAGCUUUCCCUUGGAGAAGAUGGGGCAAUUGAGCCCCUUGUCAACAUGUUCAGCACAGGGAAACUGGAGUCCAAGUUAUCAGCUCUAAAUGCGCUGCAAAAUCUGUCAACCGUGGCAGAAAAUGUGCAGCGUUUGAUCAGAUCAGGAAUUUCAGGAUCUCUGCUACAACUUCUUUUCUCAGUUACAUCUGUGCUCAUGACAUUGCGUGAGCCUGCAUCAGCCAUUCUUGCAAGAAUUGCUCAGUCUGAAUCCAUCCUUGUGAAUGAAGAUGUGGCUCAGCAGAUGCUUUCACUUUUGAAUCUUUCCAGCCCCAUUAUCCAGGGCCAUUUGUUAGAAGCUCUAAAUAACAUAGCCUCCCACCCUGGUGCAUCCAGAGUGAGAAGCAAAAUGAAGGAAAAAGGUGCACUUCAGCUUCUCUUACCCUUUCUGAAGGAAAACACCACCAAAGUCAGGAGCAAGGUCUUGCAUCUUUUGUACACUCUCUCUAAAGAUCUAACAGAUGAGUUAACUGAACAUCUUGAUGAAACUCACCUCUUAAACAUAGUCAAUAUAGUCUCAACAUCAACAUCAGACAGUGAAAGAGCUGCCGCUGUUGGCAUACUGAGUAAUCUUCCUGCUAGUAACAAAAAGGUGACUGAUAUACUGCAGAGGGCAAAUUUGCUGCCAAUUUUAAUAUCCAUCAUGUAUACUAUCUCAGGAAGUAACUCAUCCACAACAAAUAGCUUAGCAGAGAGUAUUGCCAGUGUUAUCAUUCGCUUCACCAAUUCCUCUGACAAAAAACUACAACUUCUCUCAGCCGAACAAGGGGUGAUUCCUUUGCUUGUGAAACUGCUCUCAAGCGGUUCACCAAUCACAAAAGCAAGGGCUGCAGUCUCACUGGCUCAACUAUCUCAGAAUUCUCUGUCUCUUAGAAAGUCUAGAAAGUCAAGGUGGUUGUGUGUUCCUCCCUCGGUGAAUGCAUUUUGUGAAGUUCAUGAUGGAUUUUGCUUUGUAAACAGCACAUUUUGUUUGGUGAAGGCAGAUGCUGUUUCUCCCCUCAUCCAACUGUUGGAAGAUACUGAGAGAGAAGCAGUUGAAGCUGCUUUGCAUGCUCUUUCAACUCUUCUGCAAGAUGAAAUCUGGGAAGGUGGUGUCAGUUGCAUUGCCAAGUUAUCUGGUGUGCAAGCCAUCAUAAAAAGUCUUGAAGUUGGCGAUGCAAAGGUUCAAGAAAAAGCAAUAUGGAUGCUGGAGAGAAUAUUCAAAGUUGCAGAACAUAGAGUUAAAUAUGGAGAAUCUGCUCAGGUGGUUCUUAUUGAUCUUGCUCAAAAGAGUGAUUCUAGAUUGAAGUCAACAGUUGCAAAAGUUUUAGCUGAGCUUGAGCUCUUGCAAUCUCAGUCAAGUUACUUUUAAAACAAGCCUUUCUCUAUGUACAAUUCUGUGGCAAUGAUCUGGUUUUGAUCUUCAUUCAUUUACAUUAUUUUGGUGUACAUGCUUGUGUUUUACCUUUGUUUUUGAUGAGCCAUUUACCAGAAGACAGUUAAAAAGUUUAGUAGUGUAUCAAGAUUGAUUCAUUCAGUUUCUUGAAUUACCUUUUGUCUCAAACUUGUUUCUUUUUUGGUCUACUGUUCAUAGAAUACUGUAAUAACAUCAUAGUGUUCUUCGCUCACUUACUGUUACUAUUUAGUCUC